AUGUGUAUGUUGUUGUGUGCAUUUCGAAUGACGUGGGAAUAAUUCAAUCUGCUUUCGUUCCCUCCGUGCUCAAAUAGUUUUACAGACGAUUUUAGUUUUUUCCCUGAAGUUUUUAGAUAAUUCACUUUGUCAAAAUGUUUCAAAGUUCAAUGGAUGAUCUCAAAAGGAUGAACAAGAGACAGUUCCUAUACCAGUUCCUUAGUUUUGGCAUGAUAGUGUCCUCUGCCCUGAUGAUAUGGAAGGGCUUAAUGGUCGUGACCGGCAGUGAAAGUCCUAUUGUAGUGGUCCUAAGUGGAAGUAUGGAACCUGCGUUUCACAGAGGUGAUCUUCUAUUUCUAACGAAUUACCAACAGGAGCCUGUAAGAGUAGGAGAAAUAGUUGUUUUCAAAGUUGAAGGCAGAGAUAUUCCAAUUGUUCACAGAGUUCUCAAACUUCAUGAAAAGAAGAAUGGCACUAUCAAAUUCCUCACCAAGGGUGACAACAACAGUGUUGAUGACCGAGGUUUAUACGCACAAGGGCAACUUUGGCUUACAAAUAAGGAUGUUGUUGGUAGAGCAAGAGGUUUUCUACCACACGUUGGCAUGGUUACAAUUUUAAUGAACGAGUAUCCUAAAAUCAAGUUCGCAAUUCUAGCAUUUCUGGGACUCUAUGUUCUCGUUCAUCGAGAGUAGGAAGGUAAACAGAUCACCGGAGCUCCUUUGGCACUGUACAGUCAUACCAUUGAUUUUAAAACGCUCUUGUGCUCAGAUUUUGUAUUUGUUUCGAGACUUGUCAUCAACAACUUGUUUAGUCAUUGUUUUGUUUGUUGUGACUUCUAAAGCCUGAAAUAUGGUGAGACUGUCUGCGGUUAGGAUCAUAUCACAGGGUUUGUGUAGUGGAGGGAUUAAAAUUAAUUUGAACCCCCCUCUCAAGGCCUUUGAGAUUUUUUUGUUUCCUCCAUGAUGAAUAAUAGGCCAGUGAACGAGAUUGCAAUUAAAAUGCUUUUCUGAGUGAACCUCAAUCACUGAUCUAUAAUCCCAAAAUGAAUUGUCUUCCACAACACUAAAAUAAACUGUUGAAACAGGGAAUUUUAUUCGAAGUUAGAUCAUACUGCAGGAGGACAUCUGCUAUUUGAUCAAAUCAUUAGCAUGUCAUGAAACAGGGGUGCAGGAACUACUCAAUCAGAUCGCAUGAUGGCUGGAGUGAAAAAAUGGGAAGGUUGUGAAAAAUUGGGAAGGCCAGCUGUCAAUCGCACUCAAAUCGCAUAUCUUUCUGAAGAUUGCGGUAAAAUUUACGCGGUUUUUUCUGCAAUAUUAUGAUAAUUGAUGAAUAUAAGAUUAAGAAAAGUCUCAUAGUUUUGAACAUUUUUGGGAAAAUGGGUUUUUAAAAAGCGAAAGCCUUAUCAAAAAAAUGGGAAGGCUAAGAACUCUGCACCCCUGUCACAGAAUUGGGUUUAAACAGUUGAGUCAUAUGAUUAGCAAGAGAUAGCUAGAUAUGUCCAAAAUGAUAACAACCUGUCAGAAUUCUCACAUUGUAUCGCUCUUUGAAAGAAAUGAUGCUGAAUAACAUUAUUCUGUGAUAAUAUUUGACAUUUUGGCCUUAGGAUUGAUUCCACCUUGUUUUGCUUAUCCAUAUGAUUCAGCCAUUGAAACACAAUUCAACAAUUAAUAGAACUGACUCAUUUUUGGGACUUCCGUUGAAGUAUAUUAAAGUUGGUCUUUAAUGAAAUUGCUCAAGGAAGUUUUGAUUGCAUUUCAUACUCUCAUUCUGUCAUUCAGACUAAAUGCAGUACUAACUUGAAUACAGAACGGAGUCAUAUUGUAUAAAUAGUUUAGAAUCUUUACUACAGUUGAAACAGAAUCUCCUAGGCUUUGUUUGCGUUUAUCAAUGUUAAGAGAGUGCAAAAUUACUAGAUUAUAAAAUAAGGUCUGUAAAUGGAAAAAUGCCAUCUACCUUUGUGGAAAGUAUGAGGUUCGUCUAGAAAAAAGGUUUUAAGAUUUUAUAUCAUCUGAACUAUCAUAGAUAGAGACAAUCAGUACAAAGCAGCCUAAAAACACUGUAUUCAGAUUUUAAUAAGCUGUCGAUCAUUAAAUUUACCAGACCAGAACCCUAGAGGAAUGGAUUCCACUGAACAUAUUUUUCUCUUUGCUCAGGUUUUGAUUUUCAUGGUGCAUUAAGCUGCUACAUCUGUCUCUUAUCAUAAGUAAGUGACUUAAGGGCAGUUGCGCUUUAUGCAAAAUAUAGUAGGGCAUAUUUUAUAGUUAAAAUAUUGCAGUGUUAAGUGUCUUCACUUUGAGAAUCGGUUGCAUCUGAACUGUAGGUAACUGAAAUGUUUUUGUUAACUCUUACUUGCAGGAUAAAUGUUUAAUUAUUUUCAACACUUUUCUGCUGGUUCAAGAAAAAUGUUCUCAAUAGUCUACCUUGCAGAGGAAAGUGCAGCGUUUUUGACACUUUUAUUUUAGGAGAUACUGAAUUCAAGCAGCUUUUGUAGUAAAAUGAUAUCAAAUAACAAAAAGCAGUUCUCAAACUUAAAAAAUGUUGAACGGUAUAACUCUCGGAUGGGUUGAAAUGUACCUUAAGCUGUGAAUUUAUUGCAGCUAGUAUCCAAUAAUUACCAAAGUCAACAUCAUCAAUCCUGUAAUAUUUUAGCAGUACUUUUACCAAAAAGUGAAACCACCUUAAAGUCAUUUAUUUGAAGCUUUGAUUCACUCAACAAUAGACCUGUGCGGAAAGAGAGAUGGGCUCAGUAAAAUUUACUUUUUCAGGGCUCAAGUCAAGCAAACUGAAUUAUCUAUAGCUGAAGAAAGAGCUGAGAGUAGUGGCAUUAAGCUGCCUAUUAUUGGUUAUUUCUAUCUACAUCAGUUCAGAAGAUGUAAAAUCUCCACCCUUCAUUUCUUGACAGCCUUUGCCAAAAAACUGUUAACCCACCGUGUUUUUUCAGUGUGUUUUGCCUACCUCAACAAAAUGUCCACUGAGUUUUAUCCAUUCACGGCUACCCGUUAUCAGGCUCAGCCUGCGUUGCAGAGAAAUGCCUGAUUUUCCUUGCUUUUGAUAGGAAAAUUUCUGAGCAUUUAAUAGUGUUGAGAGUAACCCAGUUGCUUUGCAGUCCAAUCCUAGUUUCAAGUGUUUUGCUCUCUUUGUUCAGAAUUAUAAUCAGUGAAACACGGAGCUUUUUUCUUAUUCUUGCUCUUCCAUCCAUGUUUAAAUCAGGGGCAUAUUGUGGGGACUGAACCUUGACGAUUUUAAAACGUUUUUACCUUUUGUCUCUCAUUCUAUUUGAGAGAAAAAAAAAAGAGAGUAAAGGAGGUUGAAGACCCUACCUCUUCCCUACUUUUACGAUGCUGCUUUUUUGCAAUAUUUAUUAGAUUUCUAGAUAUGACCUCAACUGUCAAAACUACCAGUUGAUGGUGAAACUACAGAAAUGCUUAUCUCGUUUUCGGUGGUCCAAAAUCUCUGCUCCCAUUUUUUUUUUUUAUUAAAGGAGAAUGAACAAACGCCAUUGCUUGAGAUUUUCACAGAAUGCUCGUUACUUGGAGAAGAAAAUUCAAAGAAGUGUGCAAGAAAUGAAUGCGAGUACCUAUAGUUUUCAACUUAGAACUUAAAGUAUGGCAAGAAGUCUGCAACGUUCGAACCGAGAUACUUGUUUCUGUAGUUUCACUGUUGAAAUGUUGCAACUGGGAGCUAUCCCUCAUCUAAUUGCGAAGUUCGGAAACUUGGGAUUUUUCCAUCAAUCAUUCUAUUUUCGCUGAAUCUUUAAAUGUCACCAUCUCUUAUCAGAAAUAUUUUGUACUAUUCUGUAUGACUUCAUUCCUUACCGUUUGUAAAAUUUUCAAUUAGUUAAGAUACAAUCUAGUUACUCUUUUUUGUAACAUUUUCAGCACAUUUUGACUCAUUUUUUCAUUCUUUUUCCUUGCGCACAUCAAUCCAUUUUUUAUUUUUUUACUUUACUAGGUUGAUGCUUCGAAAGUCUUCUUGUACAAAUCUUAGCAGAGCCUUUAGUUUCUUUCAAUUUUAUUAAGAAGUAUGUUUAAAUUAACAUCUCUAUAUAACUCCGAAAUCUUAAUCAUAACAUAACCAAUAAAUGAGUGCAUUAAGCUUCUUAAGAAUAAGUUUUUUCUUUUUUUUGAAGCAAGUAAAUGUCAUCAUCAUUCUCGGAAAUUUCUCUUUCUUGGGACAUUUUCAGAAAUACUGGAGUCAAGUUGUGCAACUAUGUUCCUUGGUUUUACCAGCUAAUCUCAACCUUUUUUAAGCAUUCCGUCUGAGAACCUUUUUAAUUUUACCGAUGAAAAGCAGAUUCCGAGCAGAGUUAACGGGAUUGAAAACUAGUUAUGUUUCAAAUCUCAUUUCUGAUCAAAGAUCAUGAGGCUCCAUCGAAAAAUAAUUUUGUCUAUUUUUCUUACCUUGAAAAGCACCGUAGACCAAAGGAAUUAUUGAACAACCACUUCUUGGUUGGCCCCUAAGCUUUUCAGUGAGCUUAAGGUUUUAAAAUUUUUUUAAGGGUUGGAACGUUUUUCGACUUUCCGUGUGCCUCUCUUUUCUUGUAAAGGGUUAACUUAUUAAGUUUGAUACCUACACCUCCUCUACAUAUCAAAAAUUCUCUUCAGUAUUGGAAAAUAUUGGAGUUGAGCGAUGUAGAAGUCAAAUGUAUCUAAGACUUUAGGAAUGCAUUUAAAGACAUUUAGCUCUUCGAGAAGUUGAAAAUUUAAAUGAUGUAUGGUUCUUGCAGUCUUAAAAAAGGCUUGAUUCUGAAAUUUUUCUCAGGACGGAGAGAGUGCUUGAAUUUUUCUCCUCACUAAUUCCCAGCAAUGAAUGCUUACUGUUUUGAAAAAUAAUAGAGCAUCUGACUUUCAAUAGAUCAUUUGGAAAGAAAUCCUAUUAUUGCAAGAAGUUGUGAUCUACCUUCAAAGUGAACAAAAAAAUCCUGACUUGGACUCAAGGGGAGAAAAAACUGUGUGUGUGUGUUUGAAAAUUCUUUGAAAAAACUUUUCUAUUCUUGAAGCUGCAGGAACCAUGUGGCAAAAUCCUUCCUCUUAAACUCAUUAAUGCCAAUGCAAACGGAAGGAUAAAAAACUCUCAGCUUUUUGUAACGGAUCGAAAAAAAAAUCAACUCUAUGGUAAUGAGGGAAUCAGUAUAGGAAAAUUGAAUAUCUUCGAGAUCAAUCCGUUGAUAAAAUAAUGAAAUCUUAAGCUUCUAAGAAAACGAAAAGAAUAACUAACUAAUAAAUUAUAUUCACUAAGUUUGCAUUCAUCCUGUAUUCACAGUAAAUCAUCCAGAAAAAAGCAAGGAUACCUUUGGCAUUCAAAUUAGCGUUGUAUCUCUAAUGCCUGUAAUUAGUGUGUGCUGUAUUUUUAUUAACAAUUACCUCAAGCAACUCAAGCUUGAAAGAUUUGUUUUGUGAUCAAACAAAGCUGCAAUCAAACUGUAUGUGGGUAGUCGUAGGUUUCACAUUUUAGGAGCUCUGAGUUUUAAUUUGAAAUUGAAUACCAAAUAAAAAUCCAAGAAUUGGAUUCUUUUAACUGAUGAUAAUUAAUUGAAGCUGAUGAUACCCACAGAGCAGUUUCAAAAGUCUACCAUUUUGGGUUUGAGCUCCUAGACAAAUUCAGUUCACUUCAAGGCAGUAUUGUGUGUGGGGUUAAUAAGAUUUGAAGUUCAUUAUAUACGCAAGUGAGAAUUUAUUUGAGUGAUUUUUAACUGUUACUUGUGCAGUUUUUUAAAAAUAUUUUACUGGAACUCCUCCGAAAUCUAAGUACCUAUGUAUUUUUCUUCUUCAACAACCUGUUUAGGUCCACUGAAAUCCAUUUUAUGAGGUAAUUUUAUAGCCCACUUUAUUUUGAGUUACUAUCUGUAGAGUAUGUAGUUAAGUACCUAAUUUUAAUUAAGUCUCUGUCUUGCUUUGUUGAUUUUUACUUUUCUUUCUGUAUAGAUUGUAUGAGGUACCUAAUUAUAAUUAAUGAUUCCUAAA